CAAAAUUAACUAACUUGAUGAAAUUAAUAAAAACAAUAUUUAGUUGGUAAACUCAAAGUAAACUAGUGAUUUUAGCUCAUUUUGACCAGACUUACGGUCAGCAUUCCGCAUGCGCCCGUAGUUCGUUUACCGAACGAAACCCGAACCGAGACCGAGCCGAACGACGGCACGUUGCGUUUGUUUGUUGUACCGUGCUAUAUACACUGCCGCUGCCGACCUAACGCAAUUCAGUUCCAGAGAUAGCCCGAGCGCACAGCACGUGCGGACCGGCGUGUCGUUCCUUACCUUGCGAACAUUCUGAUCGCAUACACCUGCGUGUUCACUCCGUUCGGCUUAGCUGACAAAACGAUACCCAGCGACAAAGACAGCAGGAAUUGUAAAAAAACAAAACCCUCAUCCACCCCCGGUACCAGAUGGUGGCCCAUCAGUUGUAUCGUGUCGUGCCUGGUGUAUGUAUACGGUCCGUAAUGUGUGGCGUGGGUGCGUACCAGUAGUGCAAAGAUGCCGGAAACGAUGGCAGUGAUACCGGUGCCCGGCAACCUAGUUGUCCAUUCGUGAGCGUACGCCUUUUAGUGCAGUGGUCUUGUGGUGCUUCCUAGUGGUACAAAGCACAACGAAACAAAAAAGGUGCAACACUUACACCCCCCACACACACACACAUACACACGUGGUGGAACGGCGGGUGUGUCCGGAAACAGAAACAAAUCCCAUCGCGAAUUCGUGAAUCCGUUGUUUUGGUGGUUGGAUUUGUGUUGUGUUGUGUAUGAAAGACACCAUCAUGCUGCCGGUACUGUUGUUCGCGAUCGUUGCAGUGCCGUUCGCUGCUGGUGAGGAGCUGCGCUGCGAGCGCAUCAUGGUUGGCGCCUGUCAGAAUCUAGUGUACGAUAUGACGAUCGCGUCCGCACCGGAAACGGCUCUCCAGUACCUGUCGCCUGGGACACCAUCGGCAAAUGCAGGUGCCAACACCACGGCAACCGGCACUAUCCGGACGUGGCUCGACGCAGAACGACUGAUCACCUCGCUGCGGCCAGUAAUCGACUCCGGCUGCUCGAAGCAGGCACUGUUUCUCUUCUGCUCCUCACUGUUUCCACUUUGCUCACCAACCGCACCGCGUCCCGUACAUCCGUGUCGGUCGUUAUGUGAGCAAGUGCGGAAGGAUUGCUUUAGCGAUCCGCUGCACAGCAAACUUUGGCCAGCUUAUCUUGACUGUCGUGCGUUACCCCAACCGGAAAAGCACGAACUGUGCAUGCAGGUACCGUCCGAUGCGACAGGAAGCAUUAAACACCGUACCAGUCAUACCGUGCCAAACUAUCAUCUGCCGGUGGGUGUGAAUGGUGGUGCCGGUUCUCCACCACCAACAGUUACCCAUGACAGUGUCGAGUCCGUCGUGAAAGGGUGGUCGAUUUCUAACCUAACCUCACUGUUGCAACACGCUAGUGGUACGGCUGGGGCUGGUAGUGGUGUCGCCCAUCCAGUCGGUACGAUUGGUGCUUCCGUAGGGCAGAGAGUCGUCGACAGUGCAUCAUGGUCCGACCGGAUCAACUCGCUACUGUUGCCGAGUGGGGCCGUGUCCGGUGUGACGGCGCAGGAUAGUGGCGGGACGUCGCGUAGUCCCUGUCCAACCAACUACAGCCUUGAGUAUGAUCGAUGCGUCCCGAGAUGUGGACCAACGAUCGACGCCCUGUACAGCCAGCGCCAGAAAGAGCUGGUGGAGUUGUGGACACUCGUCCUGUCGGCGGUUUGCUUCAUCUUUACACUCACCUCGCUCGUUUCGUUCUGGGCAAAGGCGUCCAAACUGGAGUAUCCGGACCGUCCGAUUCUGUUCAUGACGCUUUGCUACAACCUGUUGGGUCUAUGCUAUCUGGAACGUACCAUACUGCAUAGUCCGCGCCGGUUGGAGGCUGCCGUUGAGUUUAUGCUGCUGGAUGCACCCGGUACGGGUGGAACCGGCCCUGUAGCGACCGGAACCACCACCACCACCUCCGCCCGUUCCGACUGCUCCAUCACGUCCCAGUGUUUGGCGUACUACAUCCUCAAGCACUAUCUGCUGCUGAGUGCCAGCACCUGGUGGCUAAUAUUCGGUCUCUGCUGGUACCUGAGCACAGCGAAACAAUGGUCCUGUGAGGCACUGGAACGUAAAUCGGGCCUGUUUCACGUACUCGCCUGGGUUGUACCGUUUGCCGCACCGAUCGGUGCGUUGCUCCGUGGCAACAUACAACGGUUCGAGCUUACCGGCUUCUGUAUGGCGCGUGGAUUUACGGAACUCCCGGUUCUGCUGUUGCUACUGCUCGGUACCGCACUCGUUAGCUUUGCACUGGCCGCACUUGCCCGGUUGCGGCUCUGCUGGAACCAACGGGCACCACAUCUGGGACGUGUCUUUGGACGUGUGCUCAUGUUUUCCGUGUGCUAUCUACUACCAGCUCUGUCGGCAACGAUAUGCAUGAUGUUGGAACGUGUCGAUCACGAACUCGAACCAUGCGCACCGGGUGAAACCGGUGAAAGAUGUAUUGCUCAACGGCCACCAUACUUCUCCCUGUUGCCAACCGUGUUACGAUUAGCGUUGACGUUGUUGGGCGGUGGCUUCGUAGGUAUCUGGCUGUGGUCCCGUCAGCCCUCCGAUGCGGAUGUUAACGCGGCGAAAAAACACCCAACCCAACCGUCCUGCUACAAUACAGCCGAUCUGAUGCUGCUGAAGGGUGGCUCCAAACCGGGACGACCGCUGGACGAGUGUGGGACGCUUGCUGGGACCGGUGUCCGGCGUAUCGAGGGCCGUCCCGUACCGGACGAUGGUAGUGUAGUGUUGCGUGACUCCCAGCUGCUCACCGGCCGGUACAAAGAUGGCGGUGAUCGGCGGCAAACGAACCGCAGCUCAUCCCGAAGCGCUACCAGCAGUCCGUAUCGCAACCGGACGGAGAAGCUAAAGGCGAAAUCGUCGCAGAAAGUUUGCUACACCUAUCGUCCGUGUACUGGCGUACUGUCCGAGCAUGGUGUUGCGCUGCGUCCACCAACCGAAUCGGUCGGUUCGAUCCGUACCGACCUGGGACAACGUUCACCGUACGCGGGUGUUGGGACGGCCGCCAACGGUGGUUACGUGCCGGUACGUGUACAUCGCAGUCUCCGGGCCGUCCCGAUGUCUAUGAUUACGCGUAUAUAAACCCCCCGGUUGCCAUCGUUGUUGUGUCGCCUGUCGGAUCCGAAUGCUCGGAAGCAGGAUCCACAUUUGUGAAAAGCUUUAACUAGUUUGUAACGUAACGUUUCACCGUGUUUACAGUGUAUGUGUUAAAUCUCGAUUUAGUGCUAGUUUUAAGUAUUUGCUUAUUUAUCGUACUGUUUAGUACUUCGUGAUAACCUCUAACCGUUCCGCGGAGGAUCCCGUAACACCGUUACUAAUCGUUAGGUCUGUGGACACACGCGGAAGGAUUUAAAUCGAUCGUGGACCGAAACCCUACUCCCGUUUAGCAGAAGGUUACUUUACACAUAAAUCCAGUAUACAGUGGAACGUCGAUUAUCCGGGUACCUUUUAUCCGGCUGUCCCAUUAUCCGUGCAGCUCGGAAAUGACAGUUCCAAAGGCGAAUUGACAUACAGUAGAAUGUCGAUUAAGCAAUACGGCCAGGCCGUUCUUUAUGAAUAAAAAAAAAGAAUGUCGAUUAUCCGGGGUGCUCGACACCGGAUUGAUACCGGUUAAUCGAUUUCCAUGGAUAAUAGUCCCUUAAAUAUCAAGGUCAUUUAUAUACAGUGGAGGGCCGAUUAUCCGGGUACCUUUUAUCCGGCUGUCCCAUUAUCCGUGCAGCUCGGAAAUGACAGUUCGCAAGGAGAAUUGACAUAUAAAAUGCAAAACCGAUGAUGGCAAGAAAUAAAAGCUUCACUAGGGAAUGAUACAAUUUGCUUAAAUUCGAAAAAAUAGAACAGAUUUUUUUUGCAAAGUGUAAAUAAGAAAAUGAACAUCUUGCUUUAGAAGAAAAAAGUUCACCAAUUACACACUAAACACUAAUAUUUACCAAUAAAAAGAGUUGUGCCUAUUAUCCGUGAUAUUCGCUUAUCCGGCAGGGGCCGAGUCACGAAGAGCACGGAUAAUCGGUGCUCCACUGUAUAUGUCAACGCCAGUUGACCUAGUUGAAAAUUUCCGUCAUCCGCCACUGCCUUCAUGUCAUGACGGGAGUUAUUGUACGAAUUAAUUUGUGUCAGACGCCAAUGGCACCAGAAGGUGUUAAGUGAAUUUGGCCUUCGAAGGUGGCCAGUUUGUAAAGUAAUGAAGUUUAGAUUUAGAGGCAACACGUAAUGUCUUCUACAAUUACGGUAUGUGUUACACCCAUGGCGUGUUGUUAGGCAGAUCUACGAAUCUGCGAUCUGGAAAAUAAAUCAUUUUCCAUCCUUUGUACAUAGCAAUAACGUAUUCUCGUUUUUUUUUUGGCAACGAGUGACUAACCUAUCUUAGACAUCCCAUCACUGACGGAAUUUUAAGUAAAGUAAACCCGGUUCCCGGCAAAUCAAUGCUUAAAAGCGUGAUGUUCGUUUUGGAACACAAAAAUUAAACAUCUAAAUUAUUAUACAGUGAACGACGAUUUUCCAGGCGCUUGGAAUACCUUACGAUGGCUCGCUUGGAAAGAGAGCCUUUUUAAGCAUAUAGCAAUUAAUGUUCGUUGCUAUCUUACAUCAAGAAAGCAGCUACAAAAUGAAUGUAACCUUAAAAACGAAGUCCGAGACUGAAUAAAACAAUAAUAAGUACAGCGAUA